AUGUCUAGUCAGGUGGAAGAAGAGAAGCAAGCCUCCGCCAGUGGUGAGUUCGAAGCAGGUGCCGGCGGAAGCGCCCAAGCUUCGAGCAAAUCCAAACGGACCCCCAAAAAGCUCGGCGGCAAGAAACAACAGCAACAACAGCCGACACCCGACAAAACCGAGGGAGAAGAAGCAGCCGGCACGGGCGCAGAAGCUGACGCUGACGGCGAGGAAGAUGCUGAGCCCCAACAACAACGCCAACAAUCCCGCCGUCGCCAAAGUCGCGGCCGUGGCCGCCGAGGAGGUCAGGAUAGCGACAACGAAUCAGCCCGCAGUGAUGCGAGCGUAUCUGGAGGACGCCGUCAGCGCCAACGAGCCAAGAAGCAAGGAGGUGGCGGUGGCAAUGCUCUCGAAGACAUCACCGAAGGCGGCGAAGCAGUCGGUCAGGCUGGUGAGCUCGUACAGAAUACCGCAGGUCAAGCCGUUGGUCAAGCUGGUCAGGCUGCUGGUCAAGUCGGCGACACUGCUGGGAAAGCGCUCGGUGGUCUCACAGGAGGGAAGGGUGGCGGCGAGGAAGAGAGUAAGGGUGAACAGCUGCGCCUUCGAUUGGAGCUGAAUCUUGACAUCGAGAUUCAAUUGAAAGCCAAGAUUCACGGUGACCUAACCCUUGGUUUAUUGAACUAA